AUGAGGACCUGUGAUGACCAAAAAACAGAGUGCUGGAUUAAACCAAUGCAUUUCAAUGCAUUUCACCCAAAGUCCCCUUGGCACAAACUUGAGUCAUGCUGGAGCGAUCUCAAAACUCCCGCAGCUAGAAGGCUCACAGGAUUGUCCGGUUCGAUGUACUUGCUUCUACUGUAUGUAGCUGGAGUUGUGAGUGAGCAAGGAGAGUUUGCAAAUUGUCAUGGCUUCAAGCCGACGGUGACACCGAGAGGGGGCGAUGAUACAUUUCAAGUCGAUUUGGAUGGAGUGGAGUGCAAGGUUGCAUGGAUUUCGCAUGAACGAAAUCCAGACACGCUGCAGAGCACAUUGAAAGAUAAUGAUUUUGUCCUGACAGAUAGCUUGAAGACCGUUCCUUUCGCAGCACGGAAUGGCCAAGUGAUCUUUUUAGAGAAGCUGCACCCCAUGCCUCGCAUUGGAAAUGAGGCCCUGGAUGCAAUCCUGGCUGCGAAAGAUAAUUUGAUAGGGCCAAUAUGGCAACAACAUCGCUUGCUGAAUGAUCAGCUUUUCUAUAGAUAUGCCUAUGACUUCGACAGGGCUUUCAGGCACUUUUCGUGCACCUUGUGUUCAAGCGUAAGAGAUUCCCGCUUGGUUGAGGAGCAAGCUGAUUCCCUAUUGCUGUUCGUUGGAGUCUACUCAGCACAAGACAACUUUGCCAAGAGGGCUGUGAUUCGUCGAACCUGGGGACGUGUGUUCCAGCUCUAUGGACAUGUGAAGUUCUUUUUAGGUCGUCCAGAUGAACGCUUUGCGACCCAAGUCCGGGCAGAAAUCCAAAAGCACCAGGACAUGGUGCUUUUGGAUGUUCCGGAAGGCUACCAGUGGAACUCCAUGAAGGGCUUACGAUUUUUGGAGUGGUGCUCCAGCAACGUUUUGGCCCAGUUCUUGGUGAAGGUGGAUGACGACGUGUAUGUGCGACCACUUCCAUUGAUCUCGCUUCUGAGGCAGAGACCUCAAGUUGGGUAUGUUUGGGGCUAUUUUGAUUAUUUCAGCCCAGUUCCACGAGAAGAGGGUCAUGCUUUCUACAACUCUGAAGACUUUUAUCCCUUCGAUGCUUUUCCACCCUAUGCUCGUGGCUUGCUUCGUGCUCUCUCGAUGGAUGUGGUCCACGGCUUGGCCUCACUCAGUCACGGUAUACGAGUCAUCGCAGGGGACGACCCCAGUUUCGGAGUGCAUCUACGGUAUCUCCGCGACGAGACGGGCCUUGUGGCGAGGUUAACCUUGGACGAUCGGGACUCUUAUAGGGUCUUUGCCAUGGAGCCCAGCUGCAAUCCAAGCUUAUGGUCACAUGUGACACACCGAAGUUGGGUCAUCCAUCACGUCACGCCACAGCAGAUUCAAUGUAUUUGGGAUGUGGAUGUGGAGGCUGGAAUUUAUGAAGAUCGUGAGGCUUUGCUCCAUGUAGGAGCUGCUUACCAGCACCAUGCAGAAGUGGAUGCAAAGUUUGCAACGAAUCCGGACUUGUCUCCACUUGUCUCUCUUCAAGAGCUUUGCAGUUGCUUGGAGAACGGUCCCUAUGCUGCAGAGCUGUCGCAGAGAAAAGACAAGAUCAACGCAUCAAGGACGGACGAAUGGGGUUCCAUUUGA